AUGUCAUUAAAGACGUGGAUGGUGCGCUUCUUGCGGCAGCAUCUAGUGCUGGUUAUUUUCCUCGUCCUUGCGUCUAUAAUAGCAGCAAUUGUGUAUGAACUUACCGGUGGUGGAAAGCCAAAAGCAGGAGUCUAUGAUGCUCCAGCGCUUAACGUCGUGGAUCUCGAAGGCACGGACCGACCGCGUAGUCUCUGGACAGACGAAGAGUUUGAAUGUUUAGGCUGGCGUGCGACCCAUAAUUGUGAUCCAUACGGACCACGUGAUAAAUCCAGGGAUCGUACAUGUGGGGAACCCAUGCCACGCUCAAGCGGCUUUUGCGAGGUCCGCAAUCGAACGAGCGGCGAAAUUCUGCGUGUCAUGUUGGCCACGUGCAAGAGCUGGCGUUGGUAUCUCGUGCCUUCGCUCUCAUGUAACGACGCUAGAGAUUUUACAGACUUUAGUAUACACGCUGCACAAUAUACACACCCACCACGUGAACUACUGCCAGGCAAAAGUUUAGAAGAGAAAGAAGCAGACAAAAAAGGUAUCGUCAUGAUCGCUUACCCAAAGAUCAUUGCGGGACUGUACGCUAUUGUCCGCAUGUUGAGAUCACUGGGAUGUGCAUUGCCAGUGGAAGUGUGGAUCCACUUGACAGAGAUGAAAGCAAACCAUUCCGUCUUGGUGGAGUUAGUCAAAUACUACAAUGUGAUAGUGAGAAUUAUUCGAGACCCCAAUGCAUCCAAGUUUCUUGCGAAACCUUACGUAAUCUACCACUCGACAUUUGAGAGUGUACUGUGGAUAGACUCGGAUAAUAUUCCAGUCCGCGAUCCGACGUAUUUGUUUGAAGCACCAGAGUUUGUCAAGUAUGGAGCGAUUUUCUGGCCAGAUUUUUGGAGACCUGCGAUUGAUACACCAUUCAAUCUGCACCAGCAGAGUGCUCUGUGGACACUGCUAGAUAUGCCGUUUACGGAUAUGUUUGAACAGGAAAGUGGCCAAUUCCUAGUGAACCGUUCGCGGUCGCAAAGUGCACUCUCAAAACUCAUGUUCUACUCAUCGCAUUUGCCACGAUUGAUUACGGACUGGCAACUUGUGUGGGGUGACAAAGAUUUGUUUCGUCUUGCGUGGCUAAACACAACCACUCCAUUUUAUAUGGUGCAGCAUCUCGUAGCUCUCGGCGGACUAUACGACGCGGACGAAGACUUUUUUUGUGGUGUCUCCAUGAUUCAACGUGACCCGAUGGGCGAAAUAAUAUUCAUGCAUCGUAAUCAAGGAAAACUUACAGGACGUCGCGAUCAAAAGCCGCUGAUUACACAUUUGCAAAAGUUUAUAGGUGGUGAUGGUACUGCAGCUUCACUUUCACGAGACUUGGAUAAGUACCGGGUGCAGUGCAAAAGGCGUCGACUAGGACAGUACACGUGCUUUAUGCUGAAUCCAAUCGCUCCUGACGGCGAUAGCACUCCGUCACUGACUCUCAGUCUCGAGACAACAAAGUAUAUGGCAAUAGAGCAGCAUGCUAUUGGCUUUUCGAUUGAAGGCCGCGGGCUUUUCGAUAAGGAAGAAGAGGCCGUGGUGGCGAAAAUGGAGGCAGACGUGCAAGCAACGAAGGAUAAGGAGACUGCUGCAGCCUAUGGCUACGGUGGCAAUGGAUACGGCGGUGCAGCAAGAGCCGACCAAAUUAUGAAACGGUAG